AUGGGCGAGUCCAACUCUUACUACAACGGCCAGCAGCAGCAGCAGCAGGGUUACUCUGCUCCCCAGCAGCAGGAGCAGCAGUACAACUCCAACGAGCAGGCCGACGGUGACCGCGGCAUGGGCAAGGGCGCCAAGAUCGCCGUUGGUGUCGGUGCCGCCGCCGCCGUCGCUGCCGGUAUCUACGCCGUCAAGCAGCACCACGACCACAAGGAGGAGGAGAAGUUCCAGCAGCAGCAGCAGCAGCAGUUCAACCAGGGCGGCAACUUCGGCGGCCAGGGCGGCAACUUCGGUGGUCCUGGUGGUCCCGGCGGCCCCGGCGGUCCCCAGCACGGCAACCGUGAGGGCCCCGGCGGCUUUGGCGGUGAGCGCGGUGGACCUGGCGGCUUCGGCGGCCAGCAGGGCGGUCCCGGCGGUCCCGGCGGCUUCAACGGCGGUGGUGGUGGCCACCACGGUGGCCCUGGCGGCGAGCGCGGUGGUCCUGGCGGCUUCGGCGGCCCUGGUGGUCCCGGUGGUCCUGGUGGUCCUGGUGGUCCCGGUGGCCCCGGUGGCCACCACGGCGGCGGCGGCGGUGGCCGUUGGUAA